UGACUAACAUUAUGUGAACCAAACCCGUGUGAUUGAACUGCGUUGAUAAGCACUCCUUUCAUUAAAUAUGGAAAAUGGAUGAUAAGAAGUGGAAAAUAUUUUGUGUUUUACUUUUUAGUUCGUGCGAAUCAGUGCAUCUUUUUUUUAUUUUAUUUUAAUUUGAAGCCUCUCGAUAUAAUGCUACCGGCCAAUAAUCUACGUUUCUAUUAGGCACAUAAAAAUUUUCAAUUAAUAAAUAGAGUUGAAACAUCGCCGGGCACUCGGCAUGCCGUCGCAAAACGCAUGUCAAGUCCAGCCUCCGCCAUACCGACGCCUGCUGGACCGCUCGCAUGUAUGUAGGAUGAACGACAGACGUGGCACCUUCCUUGACCUGCUCCAGGCGGCGCUUGUAUGGCCACCCUCGGACGGGGUACAGCACAAGGGUGGGGGAGUUGUGGGAGGCUGUGGGGGAGGACCUGGUAUCAUCGAUGGGGGAGUUGUCAACGGAGGAGGCAAUUCCUCGCAACAUCAAACCCCUCAGAACCUCAUGCACUGGAUGAGCUUCAUGGCUGAACAGAUGAACAACCCUCACCACGAGGCGUCCCCUCACUACAUGUGGAACGGCGUCGAGAGCAAAAUGGGAGGCAUCCACGAUCAUCACCAGGGCUCCCCUUCUCCCAUGCACAAAGAACUAACGGCUACGGAAGAGUUCUUAGCUAGAAUGUAUUGGCCUACAAGUUUCUAUUGCAUUGACUGGAGCUGUGUGCACUGCGUUCGGAACUUCCAAAUUAGCUAUUCGCGGCCACCUAACUCAUGGCCCCCGGCUUUGCUUCAAGCAACCACUUCUCAUUUGAACCAGAGCAUGCCUUGGAUUAAUUUCUCAGGUCCGCCUAAUGCGCUGGACGAUCGGUUGGACCAUCGCAACGGCAACCCGCCAUCGAACAACCAAAACCACAACAACGGUGCCAUGAACGCUGCCAACGGCAACAACGGCGGCAACGGUGGAGUGUUGGGCGACUUGUCGCUGAGUCAGCACAUGGCGCCCUCGAGUGCUCUCUACCCUCGCAGCAACGGCUCCGCGGCCUCUACGUCGCCCCCAACCGUGUCUACGCCGUCUAUGCUAAUCGUACCGCAACCCAUCAACGCUGUCAAGAUGCCUACGUCGCCUACAGGACAUUUGCACAACCAGGCCAACGGCGGCAACGGCGUCAGGAAAUAUCAGUGCAAGAUGUGUCCUCAGAUAUUCGGAAGCAAGGCUGAUCUGCAGCUGCACACUCAAAUCCACAUGAGAGAAGCAAAGCCUUACAAGUGCUCCCAAUGCCCCAAGGCGUUUGCCAACAGUUCAUACCUCUCGCAGCACACGCGUAUCCAUCUUGGCAUCAAACCUUACCGCUGUGAUAUUUGUCAACGUAAGUUUACCCAACUGUCCCACCUACAGCAGCACAUACGCACUCAUACAGGAGACAAGCCCUACAAAUGCCGUCAUCCAGGCUGCAAUAAAGCCUUCAGUCAACUAUCGAACCUACAGAGCCACUCGCGGUGCCAUCAAACCGACAAGCCGUACAAGUGUAACUCGUGCUACAAGUGCUUCAUUGACGAGGCGUCUCUUUUGGAGCACAUCCCCAAGCACAAGGAGAGCAAACACCUCAAAACGCACAUUUGCCAAUACUGCGGCAAAAGUUACACUCAAGAAACUUAUUUGCAGAAGCACAUGCAAAAGCAUGCUGAGCGUACCGACAAACGGCCCCCUCUUACAAACCCUGGCGGGGCGCCCAUCCGACAGGAACAUUCGUACUGGCCCAAGCACGAAAACACAGCCCUCGACCACAUGGACGGCCGCAUGACGGCUGAACAAUGUCAACAGAACAAUAUUGAUCCCAACCGCCAAAUGACUGCAUCUGUGCACCGUGAACAAAUGGAACAGCAGCAACAUCGGAUGGAAGAUCUUCGAGCUCAGACCCACACUCCUGCUCACAUGGGCGUUGUGAAUAUGCCCUAUGAUGCUAUAGGUACCAAGACUUCGUCUGCUUUUACACCAAUCCAGUCCACUAUGAUUCCCAUAGGAGGUUCCACUCAGCUGUCCAUGGCCGCUUCUUCCUCACAAAGGUAUUUUCCUUACGACACCCUCCCGUUCCCCAAGCCUCAUACCCAGAUGCCCCCAAUGGACGUCAAGCCCAACCAUUUCCCCAACCAUCUAAUAUCGCUGGACCAAAUCCGCAAUUAUUCUGCCCAUCAGCCGGCAAUGAGCUCCUCCAAUAUUUUGCUCAAGGAUAAGGGCUUAGCGCAGUAAUGUGUAGCGAUUCGCUUUUGUGUAUUGUACCUCCUAUGCAUGUUAUAUUUUAGGUGAUCCUUCUUAUCUGAAGGAGCUACGAAAUGUUCUCACCAUCUUUAUUUUGUAGAUAGUUUCUAAUGAUAAGCCUCAGUUUACAUGAACGAUGUACUUAUUUUUGAUGAACUAUGGUGGUGUACGUACUUGAUUUGUUUGAAUAUCGAGUGCAUAGGAUUUAUUUCAUACAGGGUAAACAUGUCUUAAUUUAGGGAUCUGAAAGAUUUGUUGAUAAAUAUUUUUUGAGUAAUUGCUUUCUCGCAUAAUAAUUUCCCAGUUGUGGAAGCUCAUUCAUUUUCUUUUGGUGUUAUAAAGAACUAGCACUGCCAAACCGUUGAUAUGGUUUGGUGUUCAGCUAACUUAUUUGAUUUUAAAAGAACCAAUGAAAAGCCUCUGCGUUUACUGAGUUAGCCUCGCAAUUGUAUUUCAGCGAAUUAAGUGGACUUGGUUGUUAUGCUUACUACCAUUGAAGGAAUUUCUCUUUAUGCCAUCAGCUUCUGAAGUGAGGUCGUAUGCAUGUUAUCUCAGGUCACGAGUACCUAUAUGCCCCAACGUCCAAGCUUGGGAUAUCUCGGUCAAGUUUUUCAUAAAUGCAUUCGAAGCGAUUUUUUUUAUUUUACAGAUGGUUGUAAUGGAUCAUCUGUUUGCAAAUCAAAAUAUUAGGAAUACGAUUUAAAAUCCCUUUUCUCUGUAAUUAUUAGAGAUACGAGCAUAUUACAUCAGGUCCUUAAACGGUUUUGUCGUUUUUCUCUCUGGAAAACGACAAGAACUUGCACUUGGAAAAUGUUGGCUUCAACGUUUCCUUUAUUACCGUUUAUGUUUUGUUUUGUAACGUAAUGUAUGGAACAAAAUUCAGGUAGUUGGCUCGAAAUUUAUCUUCUUCUUCUAGAAAGAAAAUUCUAGCUUAUAGCUUCGUGUGAGAGUUCAGUUUUUCUUGCAUUCUUUCAGCGGAAUGGUU